GAAAUGACAAUAAAAAGGCAGAAGUGCAAGUGGUUGGUGUUAAACAAUGUCAUGACAGAGAGCGAUGAAGGUGUGCAGACUUCAUUGAAUAGACAACAAAUGUACUCGUGAGAGUGAGGAUUCAAGUUAAUGAGAAUAAGCAGAUUGUUAUAAAGCAAGUGAAACUUAGGAUACUGACUACAGCAGGAAUAUGGGUGAGUCUAGUAUCUGCCAAGUGAGGGCAACAGUCAUGCUGUAUGAUGACAACAACAAGCGGUGGGUGCCAGCUGGAUCUGACAGUCCCUCCUUCAGCCGCGUCCAGAUCUAUCACAACCCUGUGGCCAAAACCUUCAGAAUAGUGGGCCGCAAACUGCAGGCCGACCAGCAGGUGGUGAUCAACUGUCCCAUUAUCAAAGGGAUAAAGUAUAAUCAAGCCACACCAAGUUUCCACCAGUGGCGGGAUCCCAAACAGGUGUGGGGGCUGAACUUUGGCAAUAAGGAGGAUGCUAUCCUUUUUGCCAACUCAAUGAUGCAUGCAUUAGAGGUUCUCAGUGCACCAGCAGGCGCAGGCCCUCAGAAUGGACCCUCUGCAUAUGAGCUGGAGCCCGAGAAAAGACAGAGGCAGGAACAGCAGGAGAAGGGGCAUCUGGAGAGAGAGAGGCAUAGCUCCACUGCUGCAGCUGCCCCUGCUGUUCCUCCUGCCCAGCCGGCCGCUCCACACACCCCACCGGCACCCCCACCACCUUCCUCAGGACCGUGUCCACCUGCGCCCCCACCACCUGCUUCGGGACCGUGCCCACCUGCUCCUCCACCACUUCCUCCCGGAGGCAUGGUCCCACCUGCACCACCCCCGCCCCCUGCUGGAGGAAGUGGAGGUGGCAGAGGUGAAGGUGGAGGUGGAAAUGAUCUGGCUGCAGCUCUGGCAGGAGCCAAACUGCGUAAAACAGUCAAGGAUGAGGGAGGAGCAGCAGCUCCAUCCCCCAAAUCAGCAUCUUCAUCUGGUGGAGGUGGAGGAGGGUGUCUAAUGGGAGAAAUGAGUGCUAUGCUUGCUAGGAGGAGGAAAGCUGCUGAUAAUCCUGCUGCAAAAAAUGUAGAACCUCACAAUGAGGAUUCUGACUCCUCAAUAUCAAAAUCCUCAGGACCAGGAGAAAUCAAUGGAAAACCCAAAGAAAAAUCAGCCACUAUUUCAAGGCCCAAAUCCUUAACCAGCAAUCAAAAGGAUUCCAGCCCCUUCACUUCCACCUCCUCCUCUAACUCUGCCGCUACCCCAGUGUCCAGACUGAAGGUGGUGAAAAAGAACUCUGAUGGUGCAGGAAGUGAUAGUGAUAUGGAAAGAAUCAAACAGGAAAUUAUUGAAGAAGUGAAAAAAGAACUUCAAAAAGUGAAGGAGGAGAUCAUCACAGUACUGAUCCAGGAGCUGCAAAGUGCACAGCUAAAGGGUGAAGACUCUGAAAGACAAAGAAUGGAUGAAGAGAACAAUGAAUAAAUGUGAAUGUUUUAUCAUGCAAUGCUCAGGCAGAUAGAAAUUGUGCUAUUUCUACAUACUCAAAAUAUCAAUUCUGAUAUUGACAUUUAAGACACAAAUUUGAUAAAGAUAUAUGGGCAAUUAUUUUAUUUAUUUUUACACAUUCCCAAACAUUUGAUGAGAAUGCAUUGUUCUCUAAAGAUUUAUGACUCCAUUUUGUACUUACCAAGACAUAUUGCAUUUGAAAAAUGAACUUCCAGUGCUCUCUGGUGGACAAAUGUAAUGGAGGCAUGAUUUCUAAAUGACCUCAAACAUAUCUUGGGCAUUUCUGUAAAACCAUUUAUUUUUACCCAGUACAGCAUAUACAACAGAAAAACAACAAACUCCUGCUUUUCCCCUGUAAGAUUCUCGUGCUGUUGUGCUCAUUUAUGUGCUUACUGCAGAGAAAUAAUACUGCAAUAUUUUAGUCAUCUUCUACUGGUGGAGGAAGUACUUGUAAAAGUACUCAUUUACAAGUCAGAAAGUCUUCACCUGGGAAGUAUAACUUCUAACAACGCAUUAUAAUGUAUUGGUUUGUCAUAUGUGUUGUGUUAAACUUGAAUCCAAGUUGCAGACGCUGGCAGACAGAUACACUGUAACCUGGGGCAGGGCCCAGUGCUCUCGAUGUAGAGGAGUUCCUGCAAACAGGCUCCUCUGAUGCAGCACAUACACACAAGCAGACUAAGGAAGGACCAUCAUAGCAUGUAUUACAAGCAAUUGUUUGACGCAUUUUUCAAAGACUUUUUGAAAUAAUAAAAAAACAUGCUGCUAUGCUAUGUGUAAUAACAGUUAUGUUACAAUUGAGGUUGUGUUUUCUAGUAACAAAAUACUGCAAAUAAAACAACCUUUUGCAAAACA